ACCCUCCAAAUUCGAUAAGUUCUGCUCUUCAGGAGAGCGUCUCACUAACCAUCAUCGUCGUCCAAGUAGUAUAUAAAAGCAGAAGAGCUUUCACCCGACUGUGCCAUUGCCAAUCCGGAGUUCGGCUUCGCAAAGUGGGCGUUCCAGUCUGGAUUCUCAGUCAGCACGUGCUUCCAUUCUUCAAUCGACACUCUGCGUAUGCAUUAGCGUAAAAGCUUACUCAUUACGCGCGAACACAACCGCUUUCAGUAUUUCGGGUCGCGCUUCAGCGUUUAGUUUCUGGUUAAUCAUUGCUGAAUUAAUUCCACGUGACGGACAUAUGAAGUGAAACACCGGAACCUUUUUGAACCCAGUCGAACGCAAGUCGUCGUCGUUGACGGUAGAAGUGGCAAAACAAGCCCCUCAGCGAACAAACGUUAAACUAAACUUCAAAAUAGAGUGCAACCAUUAGAAUAGAAUCAGUUGUGUUUGCAGAGUAAAUAGUGCCCAAAAGUGUAAUCGCAAAUUGAGUCUGAGUCUGCAAACUGCUCGGCAAAACACACCUGUUCAAAGUCACCCACCAAACAAGUGCAGUGUCUGUCGCCGAAAGGGAAUUCGAGUGGCAAUGACAGUGAUUUAUGUGUGCCAUUUGAUAACGUUUGAAAUUUACAUUGUCAUUGGUUCUAUGGUGAGCAAGUGCGCGUAACGAAAGCUUACUGAUAAGUGACGCCGGGCGGAGGUUCGGGAGUUCAAGGGAAAACUAAUUUUGGAAACAAAAAAAUGUACGGGAAAGGCGGAGUUUUGAUCGUGGCGGUGCUGCAAAUUGUGUCACACUUCGAAGGUGCUUCAUCGUGCUUGCCCUACAUCCCGAGAGAGGCAUGGGACGCCAAGCCGCCGAAGAGUGUGGAAAAAUUUGCCGGACCAAUACCGUACGUAAUCAUCCACCAUUCGUAUCAACCGGGAGCGUGCCUGACAGGGUCGGAAUGCUGUGAAGCAAUGCUUUCUAUGCAGAAGUUCCACCAGCAGGAUCGUGGCUGGAAUGACAUUGGGUACAGCUUUGCCGUUGGUGGCGAUGGGCGGGUCUACGAGGGACGAGGAUUUAACGUCGUGGGAGCACACGCCCCCCGAUACAACGAUAAGAGCGUCGGGAUUUGUAUGAUCGGAGAUUGGACGGUUGAUCUACCUCCGGAAAAUAUGAUCGCCGCUGCGCAGAGCCUGAUUGAGUAUGGAGUGCGGAACAAUAUCAUAGCUUCCAACUAUACGCUUAUCGGUCAUCGCCAAGUGAGGCCCACGGAGUGUCCAGGCGAACGGUUGUUUAAGGAGAUUCAAACCUGGCCCCACUAUUCAUCGAUGCUGGACGUUGUUGAUCCAAACAGUAUUAGAACAUAGACUGACUAUAAUAAACGUUGAUGUACAGUACUAGGCAAUCGCUAAAGUUUUAUUACUUUUA